GCACCAGCUGGAGUGGCAGAGUCGGACUUGGCCGCCAUCGCUGCUGCUCCGUCCUCCCGCCGCUGGCACUGGCCGACACCAUGAACCCCGACCUGCGCAGGGAGCGGGCCUCCGCCACCUUCAACCCGGAGCUCAUCACACACAUCCUGGACGGGGGCCCCGAGAACACCCGGCGCCGUCGGGAGAUCGAGGACUUGAUUGUGAAUGACCCAGAUUUCCAGCAUGAGGACUAUAACUUCCUCACUCGCAGCCAGCGUUAUGAGGCGGCUGUCAAGAAGAGUGCCAUCAUGGUAAAGAAGAUAAGGGAGUUUGGCAUUGCAGACCCUAAUGAAAUCAUGUGGUUUAAAAGCUUUGUGCACCGAGGGCGGCCCGAACCUUUGGAUCUUCACUUGGGCAUGUUCCUGCCCACCUUGCUUCACCAGGCCACCGCAGAGCAGCAGGAGCGCUUCUUCAUGCCAGCCUGGAAUUUGGAGAUCACUGGCACUUAUGCCCAGACAGAGAUGGGUCAUGGAACUCAUCUCCGAGGCUUAGAAACCACUGCCACCUAUGACCCCAAAACCCAAGAGUUCAUUCUCAACAGUCCUACAGUUACAUCCAUUAAAUGGUGGCCUGGUGGGCUUGGGAAGACUUCCAAUCAUGCCGUAGUUCUCGCCCAGCUCUACACUCAGGGGAAGUGCUAUGGAUUGCAUGCCUUCAUUGUACCUAUUCGUGAAAUGGGGACCCACAAGCCAUUGCCAGGUAUUUCUGUUGGAGACAUUGGCCCCAAAUUUGGUUAUGAAGAGAUGGAUAAUGGCUACCUGAAGAUGGACAACUAUCGUAUUCCCAGAGAGAACAUGCUAAUGAAGUAUGCACAGGUGCAGCCUGAUGGCACAUAUGUAAAGCCUGUCAGUAAUAAACUGACCUACGGGACCAUGGUGUUCGUCAGGUCCUACCUUGUGGGAGCAGCAGCUCAGUCUCUGUCCAAGGCAUGCACCAUUGCCAUUCGAUACAGCGCCGUGAGGCACCAGUCUGAAAUCAAGUCAGGGGAUCCAGAACCACAGAUUUUGGAUUUUCAAACACAGCAAUAUAAACUAUUUCCACUUCUGGCCACUGCCUAUGCUUUCCAGUUUGUAGGCAGAUUCAUGAAAGACACCUACUAUCGAGUUAAUGAGGGCAUCGACCAAGGAGACCUGACUGAGCUGCCUGAGCUUCAUGCCCUCACUGCUGGGCUUAAGGCCUUCACCACCUGGAGAGCAAAUGCUGGUAUCGAAGAGUGUCGGAUGGCUUGUGGUGGGCAUGGCUAUUCUCAUUGCAGUGGUAUUCCCAAUAUUUAUGUCACUUUCACCCCAGCCUGCACCUUCGAGGGAGAAAACACAGUCAUGCUACUACAGAUGGCCAGGUUCUUAAUGAAAAGCUAUAAUCAGGUGAUCUCAGGGAAGUUGGUUUGUGGCACAGUGUCCUACUUGAAUGACCUACCCAGCCAGCGCAUCCAGCCGCAGCAGGUGGCAGCCUGGCCGACUGUGAUAGACAUCAACAGUCCCGAAAGCCUGACUGAGGCUUAUAAGCUCCGUGCAUCCAGACUAGUAGAAAUGGCUGCUAAAAACCUUCAGACUGCACAGAGUCACAGGAAAAACAAGGAGGUGGCAUGGAACCUAACUUCCGUUGACCUUGUUCGAGCAAGUGAGGCGCAUUGCCACUAUGUGGUAGUUAAGAUCUUUGCAGAAACUCUACUCAGCAUUCAAGAAAAAUCCAUCAAACUUGUCUUAAAGAACUUAUGUCUCUUGUAUUCUCUGUAUGGAAUCAGUCAGAAGUCAGGAGAUUUCCUUCAGGGGAAUAUUAUAACAGUGUCUCAGAUUGAACAAGUAAACCAGCGUAUAAUGGAGUUACUCACUGAAAUCCGCCCCAAUGCUGUUGCUUUGGUUGAUGCCUUUGAUUUUAAGGAUAUGACCCUUGGCUCUAUUCUCGGCCGCUAUGAUGGGAAUGUAUAUGAUAAUUUGUUUGAGUGGGCCAAGCGAUCCCCCCUGAACAAAACAGAGGUCCACGAAUCUUACCACAAGCACCUGAAGCCACUGCAGUCCAAACUUUGAAGCUCAUUGUGCUCCAGAAAGCAUCUGUAUGCUGCUUCCUCCUACCUGAUGCACAAAUCUACGUGGAAUCUUUAUCAAAUUCAUAGAACUGUAGAACAAGUAGUGACUUGACCCCUAUCUUCUUUAUAUAAAUUUUUAAGAUAAACAGAUUUCAGAGAUUAAAUUUUAAAAAAAUCAUGUGUUUAAGUGCAAUUAACACUGAAAGAGACUUGCUAAGCACUCAGAAAGUUUAAGAUACGCAGCAUGAUAGCUUCCACUUGUAAUGCUGCUAGUAGUGCCUACUGGUAGGCCAUGAUUUUUUAUCAUUAGUAGGAUUUUAACUACUAAAUACUAAUUAUUUUCACAUUUUGAUUGCUAAUCGCUGGUUCUGCAGGUGUUUUUAAACAAAGGUAUUUUAUGUGCAGUAGAACUUCCCUAUCAAAUGACUUACCACUCCAACCAUGGGGCCUGGUUAAAGGCAAUACUGAAGAAAAUUGGGGGAAAGAAAGUAACUGGAAACCUUAACCCGAGGGUGUGUUUUCUGCCUGCUUCCCUUCUCUGCAGAAGCAUUGCUGCUGUCAUACUAACAUUUUCCAACAAGAUCUCCACACACUGCAGGACCCAUAGCUCCUGAAGGUAUUCCCUUCGGGAGUUCUAUUGUUUCUAUAGGAGCCCUGUACACUUUUUGUCCCCAGCUUCUUGCACAGUUCAGAACAGUUGGCUUUUGACCUUUGCUGGGCCUUCCAUCAGUGGUAUUUGAUUUCCUUCCUCUCUUUCCCCCCCACCCCCAAUAAUAAAGAAGGAAAAUGAAUUAUUCCAUCUUAGUAGAAUAAGUAUAGGGAAAAGCCCUCAGCUGUGAUACUUAAGUAAUUUUGGUGACCUUACUAAAUUUCCUGAGACAAUCCAGAUUUUCAAUAUUCAGUCAUCUUGGCAUAACCAUUAAAAUAAUGGUUACAUGGUGUUUGGCAUUUAAAAAAGUAAAAACAUUACCUGACUUAUGAAAUGGUAACCACUCUGUACAACACCUUAAUAAUAAAAAAUAAAAUUACUUUUUAAAAAUGAAAACAUCUUACACCCAGAAAUGAUUCAGAAAAAAAAAAUCCUUCCAUGGAAACCAUGUGUUCUGAUUUUUGGAUCAGAAAAAUGUAAACAUUAAAGUAUGACUAAAUGAUUGGAAAUACCUUGUUAUUGAGCUUCUGGCUUUGUUUCUAGGAGCUUUUAUGCUAAAUUGUCUGUCGAUUGAAAUCUAAUUUAUAUAAUCCUUCUAUGUUUAAAGGUUUUUGGUUUUUGACAUAGGGACUUAUUACUAUGUAGUCCAGCUAGACUGGAACUCUUAACAUCCUUCCGAGAUGUGUGAUACAACACCCAGCCACUGUCUACCUUUUGAUGAAUGGUUUUUCUGAAAAUCAAUGUAAAACACUACUUGGGUUUUUUUAACUUGUUAAUGAUCAUGUGUGAUAACUGCCUCAUGAAACCAGUCCUAUUAUCAGUUCUGAGAAUACAAUUCAGUAGAAACAAUUUUCUGACCUGGGGCCUGACAUAAACUCUGUUCUAGAGGAGCUGGUAAUGUGAUACUUUAGGUUAUGGCAGAAAUCGUGUUUGUUGGCCUUCAUCUUUCUCCUGGGAGAACUGAGACUUGGGAUAGGACUGAAGAUUAGCAUGGUGUCACUCAUUUGGGUGUGUGUUGAUAGUAGUUAAAUGACCAUGUUGACCUGUUCUAUGUAUAAUCAUCUCAAAGUCAGUGUUCAAAUACUGUUCUCACAGAUGCCUAUUUGUGGGCAGCAUCUGAUGUUUUCUGAACUGAUACACCUAACUAACCCAGCUGCUUAGGUCUAGGAUCUAUCUUAGCAGGUUGUACACACUAUAGAGCUGUCCUUGAUUUAGCACCUCGUUUUAUUUUAAAACUAAAUCCAACAUUUGAUGUUAGUAUUUUUAUUAACAUUGGAAUGUUUUGUCUUGGAUUUUUUUCAGUGUAAUCAAAGAAUAAAGGCAUAGUAAAACCUCA